GGGCUUUUAGCUCAAAUUUCAUCAUUAUCCCAUCUCCCCAAUGUCAAUGGCGGAAUGGACCUCUGUCGUCUUCUCUUAACCCUCCCUUUCUCUUCUCCAUUUCAACUUGUCAGUAGUUAUUGUAAUUUAUUGUACCAAGUGCUUCUGAAUCUGAGCCAUGAAUUUCAAAUCUCUCCAUUUUCUCCUUUCCAUUAUAACUCUUUUCUUCUUUCUAUCAAUUUCUACUUCUGAACAAGACCCAUCGUCUCCCUCUGCAAUCGUAUCCAGGUUCCAACAAUACCUUCAGAUUAAUACCGUCCAACCCAGCCCCCAAUACUAUGAAGCUGCUGAUUUCAUCAUUUCUCAGGCCAAAUCGCUCUCCCUUGAAUCUCACACAAUUGAAUUCGUCGAGGGCAAGCCUCUGAUCAUCCUCAAAUGGCCUGGUUCCAACCUUGAUCUUCCUUCCAUUCUCCUCAAUUCGCAUACCGAUGUUGUUCCAGCUGAGCAUCACAAAUGGACGCACCCUCCUCUUGGAGCUCAUAUCGAUUCCCAUGGCAAUAUCUAUGCAAGAGGGUCUCAGGACAUGAAGUGCGUUGGGAUGCAGUACCUUGAGGCUAUUCGGCGUUUGAAGGCAUCUGGGUUUCAGCCUCUGCGCUCUGUUUAUUUAUCUUUUGUCCCGGAUGAAGAAAUUGGUGGCCAUGGUGGUGCUGAGAAAUUUGCUGAAUCCGAUGAGUUCAAGAAAUUGAAUGUCGCCAUUGUGCUUGAUGAAGGGUUGCCUUCUCCGGGUGAGAAUUAUAGGGUGUUUUAUGGGGAAAAGAGCCCCUGGUGGCUGGUGAUCAAGGCGGUGGGAGCCCCAGGUCAUGGAGCUAGGCUUUACGAUAACACUGCCUUGGAGAAUCUUUUCAAAAGCAUUGAGACUGUCAGAAGGUUUAGAGCUUCACAGUUUGAUUUGAUCAAAGCUGGUUUGAAGACUGAAGGAGAUGUGGUCUCUGUCAACAUGGUCUUCUUAAAAUCUGGCAUUCCAUCUCCUACUGGCUUUGUCAUGAAUCUGCAGCCAUCUGAAGCUGAGGCUGGUUUUGACGUUCGCCUCCCACCAACUACAAAUCCGGAGUCUCUUGAGAGACGAAUUGCAGAGGAAUGGGCACCAGCUUCUCGUAAUAUGACGUUUGAGUGUAGAACAUCUAUCCAACAAAUGGUGGAGUGAUGGAUGUCCAAUACAUAGCGGAUUCAAACUCAAAAAUAUCUGCUUAAAAAUUCUAACCAGUAUCACUUAUAAAAGAACCUAAUACAGAGAAAGAUAGAGUGAAGAUGAGGAAGACAGAGUCUGAUACAAAGGGUUUUUCUGAUGUGUUUUACAUAUUUGUUUUUGUAAGAGUUUAAUGGGCUACCUUAUUACGGACUAUGCUAUUCCACUAUCACUUUUACAAUGUAAAUUUUUCCUCUCAUAUCUUUCCUUGUGCUUGAUUGUUGCUCAGUUUAAGCAGAAGGAGUCUAUUUACGACAAGUUUGGUAAACCAGCUCUUACUGCUAUUGACAAAUCCAACCCGUGGUGGAAUCUUCUUGAAGAAGCUGUAAGAAAUGCGAAUGGAAAACUUGCAAACCCAGAAAUCUUUCCUGCUUCAACGGAUGCUCGAUACUUUUGAAAUCUUGGCCUCCCUGCAAUCGGCUUCUCUCCAAUGGUCAACACUCCUAUUCUUCUUCAUGACCAUAAUGAGUUUCUAAACCAAGCUGAGUAUUUGAAAGGCAUUGAGGUGUAUGAGUCAAUAAUCAAGGCUUAUGCUUCUUACGACGGUGACAAACGGAUGGAGAGCUUCAAAGAUGAGUUAUAAGAAAGCAGCAAGGCAGUGUUAUCCUUCGAGCAUUCAGCCACGAGGUUCCGUAGGGAUCAGGCAACUCUAGAGCAUGGGGUGGGAAGGGAUAUGAUUUUGUUCCCUAAUUAAUCUACUGGAACAUUACUUCGUUGAACUUUGGUUGUGCUUUAUUUGCAAGUACCAUAUAAUAAUUCAGGCAGCAGAAUUUUCUAUCAAAUAAAGUGACAAUAGAAUUGGCUUUCGGAUAAA